AUGCCUCCUCGCAACCAUGGAAAGAAGAGAGCUGCCGAGACCCCUCAGAAGACACCUAAGAGGCAAAAGGUGGCCUCUAAGCAUGUUGAGUUUGACAAUGGAGCUGUUAUGACCCAGUUUAGGCUGUCUGGUGAAUUCUCAUCUGAGGAUGCUGUCCAAGGUUCCCCAGCAAAGAAGAGAGGUGGUAGGAAAGGUCCAGGAGUUCAGGAUGUUGCUGAAGGAGAGGUGCUCAUGGCAUUCACGUUGCCCCGGAGAGGUCGUGCCAAUCACCAGCACAAUCCAAGUGGGGAGAGCUUGAUAGACAAAUCUGUUCCAGUUGCUGAUAGUCGUGAAUAUAUCAACAUUGAUAUUGCAGACGACUCUGAAGACUCGCCUACUAGUCCAACGCCAGCUGCAGGCUCUUCACGUGAUCUCCUGCCUGCUCCUGCCACCCCAACUCGCAAGCCAGCAGGCCCUCCCAAUUCACCUGUUGCCGAUAUUCCUGGGCGGACCACUAUCCGAACACGAGUUGGUGAGGUUUUCGAAGAGUAUCUCAAGGAGCUUAGCCAGGAUAUGAAGAAUGCAGUUGGCAGCAUAUCCUUCACAAUGGAUAUGUGGACUGACCCAUUCUUAUCGCUGUACAUGGCGGUUACUGCACAUUGGCUGCAGCUUGUUCUUGAAGAUCGUGGUAACGGACUUCAGCUGCAGCUUUGA